AUGCGGAAUCUCUUCAUAGCAAGUUUAUGCGUCGAGGAUGCAUCGUCGCCGGCGCCCAGGAUGUCUGGCUUUUCGACAGCAACCAUCUGUGCUCUCCUCCUCAUCUUCUUCCACCUCCCUGCUCCUGCCGUCUCCCUGUCCUUCAACUACUCCACCUUGAGCUCAGCGGACCAGAACGACAUCAAGAUCGAAGGCGACGCGUCGUUCAGCGUCGGAUGGAUCGACAUCAGCGCCAACAGGUUCGGUAAUAUCGACUACAGCAAUGGCCGGGCGUCGUACAAUGCCAGGCCGAUGCUGCUCUGGGACAAGGCGACCGGCAAGGUGGCCAGCUUCACCACGCGGUUCUCGUUCGCCAUCUCCGGCGACAUCAACAGCAAGGGGCAAGGGAUGGCCUUUUUCCUUGCCGCCUACCCGUCUAGCCUCCCGGCCCGCUGCAUCGAUUACAACCUCGCCCUCACCAACCAGAGCGCCGAUGCCGUGGCGACCGGGGACAGCCGGUUCGUGGCGGUGGAGUUUGACACCUACAACAAUACGGUGGUGUCCGAUCCCCGCGAGACCUAUGACCACAUCGGCAUCGACGUCAACUCCCUCCGGUCGGUGAGCACGCUGACCCUGCCGAGCUUCGAGCUGACGGACAACCUGACCGCUAUGGUCGAGUACGACAAUGUUAGCAGCAUCUUGGCGGUGACGGUAUGGGUCGGUGAUGAUAGAUCUGGCCAAGCGAGGGACCGGAAUUACAGCCUUAGCUCCAAGGUUGACCUCAAGAGCGCACUGCCGGAGCAGGUCUCCGUUGGCUUCUCCGCGUCCACAUCCAACGCCAUCGAACUGCAUCAGCUACGCUCUUGGUCCUUCAGCUCUUCAUUGGAACCGCCGCCGCAGUCACCACCACCAGUAGCAACAUCCUCCCCGUCAAGGCCGGGCCCUGGAGUUAUAGCUGGGGCAGCUGCUGGUGCAACAUUGUUCCUCGUGCUCCUCUUUGCUGCCACAGCAGCACUCGUAGUGCGGCGCCGCCGUCGUCGUCGGAAAAUCAUGGAGACGGAGGAGUACUACACAGACUCGGAAGGCGAAGGUGACCCGAUGACAGAGAUCGAGAUGGGGACAGGGCCAAGGCGAUUCCCGUACCAAGAGCUUGUGGAAGCGACGAGGAACUUCGCCGCUGAGGAGAAGCUUGGGCAAGGUGGCUUCGGUGCCGUAUACCGAGGCUACCUGAGAGAGCCACCUGGGCUUGCCGUGGCCAUUAAGAGGUUCUCCAAGCAUGAGUCCUCGCUGCAAGGAAAGAGGGAGUACAAGUCGGAGAUCAAGGUGAUAAGCAGGCUGCGCCACCGGAACCUAGUGCAGCUCCUCGGCUGGUGCCAUGGACGAGAGGAGCUCUUGCUGGUCUACGAGCUCAUGCCCAACCGCAGCCUUGACAUCCAUCUCCAUGGCAAGCAUGGCACUUUCCUAACAUGGCCGAUGAGGAUGAAGAUAUUGCUGGAGCUUGGAUCCGCGCUGCUCUACCUCCACGAGGAGUGGGAGCAAUGCGUGCUGCACCGCGACAUCAAGCCCAGCAACGUGAUGCUGGACGAGUCCUUCAGAGCCAAGCUCGGGGACUUCGGGCUCGCGAGGCUCGUCGACCACGCCGCCGGGACGCAGACGAUGACUGCAGUCUCAGGGACUCCGGGCUACCUAGACCCCCAGUGCAUCGUCACCGGCAGGGCCAGCACCGAGUCCGACGUGUACAGCUUCGGCGUGGUGCUGCUUGAGGUGGCGUGCGGCAGGAAGCCGAUGAGCAUGAUCCCGUCAGAUGAGGACCAGCAGCGCAAGAACGGCGGCGUCUUCCGGCUGGUCGAGUGGGCCUGGGGCUUGUACGGCGAGGGAGCCAUCCUCGAGGCAGCCGAUGAGCGGCUCAACGGAGACCACGACGCGGCGGAAGUGGAGAGGGUGAUGGUCGUCGGUCUCUGGUGCACACACCCGGACACGACCGCUCGGCCGACCGUCCGGGAAGCCAUGGCCACGCUCCACAACUGCAGCCAGCUGCCGGUGCUCCCCUCCAAGAUGCCGGUGCCGACAUACGCACCACCGCCGCUCACCUUGGGCGACGAAGUUGGGCUGUCGACGUCGCUGACGUCGUCCAGCUCCAGCGUGCCGCCACCAACCUCUGGUGCAACAACGACCAUUUCCUCUGACGCUAGCACCUCGACGGCCAGUUCAAACAAGGCCUCUUCUUCCCUACUGAAACAUCAGUACCAGUGCUAG